AUGAGGCUAUGGAAGUGGAGCGCCGCGGCCCUCGCCCUCUGUGGGACCGUGCUGCUCGACGUCCUCACCAGGAGCGCGGUUCCCACGGGUCCCCGACUGCCCCGCUCCUGGCCUUCGACCGCACCGCGACCACAACCGCCACCGUUGUCUUCUUCCUCUCGGCCAAAGGGAUUUGCGCGUCGUCGGACGACAAGGACGCCGGGCAGCAUACAGUCCAUCCUGGCCGAAUUCUCCUCCGUGUUCCAGAGCUUCACUGAGGGGGAGCUGCAGCACGUCAUCGCCGCCCUAGUGGACAGGAAGGCAGCACGCGACGCUCAGCGCGACCCCCAGGGACGCAGGACGAGACGGGCGCGCGGCGAGGGUCGCGGGAGCUGCUCGCUGCGGGAGGCCGUGGUGAGCGUCACUGAACUGGGCCUGGGCUACGACAGCGACGAGACGCUGCUCUUCCGCUACUGCAGCGGGCGCUGCGCCGCGCGCCGCCGCAACUACGACGUGUCCCUGGAGCACAUGAAGAGGGCGGGGCUCCUCAAAGGCGGCCGCCGGAACAAGGUGCGACGGGGCCCCUGCUGCCGGCCAAUCGCCUACGACGACGACGUCUCCUUCCUGGACAACAACCACCGCUACUACACGAUCCACGAGGUGUCGGCCCGCGCGUGCGCCUGCGUGUAGGGCCUCGAACCCGCAUCCGGCACGGGCCGCGCCGUUCCAGGGACCGACUCGCUUCCGCGGCUCUUCCUCUUGCCGACAGCUAGUCGGCGCAUGCCUUUCGCGGGACUGGCGAGCUGCUUGUCUGUUAGGUCGUUACAGGAACUGAAGACCCCAACCGGCGAGAAAAGGAAAAUCUACCUCGA